GGGCGCCGGCCUUUGUCUGCGGGCGCGCGCCGCUGCGGUGAGUGAGGCAGCCGGCGGUCGGCGGCCCCGGCCAGGCCUGCCCGGCCUGAGCCCCGAGGGAGGGCGGCCGCGGGGGCAGAGGUGCUCAAGAAUAGCUCAUGGAAGAAUCACAUGAAGAAGUGGUGGUUGAGGUCACAGAUCAGGAGUGGAUAUGUUUGGAUUUCCUACGGCUACACUGCUGGAUUGUCAUGGAAGAUAUGCUCAGAAUGUAGCAUUUUUCAAUGUGAUGACAGAAGCCCACCACAAAUAUGAUCACUCUGAGGCCACAGGAUCCUCAAGCUGGGAUUUCCAGAAUUCUUUCAGAAGAGAGAAGCUGGAACAAAAAACCUCAGAUUCUAAGGCACUACAGGAAGAUUCACCUGGAGUCAGACAGAGGGUCUAUGAGUGCCAGGAAUGUGGAAAAUCCUUCAGGCAGAAAGGUAGUCUAACAUUACAUGAAAGAAUCCACACUGGUCAAAAGCCCUUUGAGUGUUCCCAUUGUGGAAAAAGCUUCAGGGCCAAAGGCAACCUUGUUACACAUCAGCGAAUACACACAGGAGAGAAGCCCUAUCAGUGCAAGGAGUGUGGGAAAAGCUUUAGCCAGCGAGGCAGUCUGGCCGUUCAUGAAAGACUCCAUACUGGACAGAAACCCUACGAGUGUGCUAUCUGUCAGAGAAGCUUCAGGAAUCAAAGCAACCUUGCUGUUCAUAGAAGAGUUCACAGUGGUGAGAAGCCCUACAGAUGUGAUCAGUGUGGAAAAGCCUUCAGUCAGAAAGGAAGCCUGAUUGUUCACAUCAGAGUCCACACAGGCCUGAAACCCUAUGCCUGCACACAAUGCAGGAAAAGUUUCCACACCAGGGGGAAUUGUAUCCUGCAUGGCAAAAUCCACACAGGAGAGACUCCCUAUUUGUGUGGCCAGUGUGGGAAAAGCUUCACUCAGAGAGGGAGUCUGGCUGUGCACCAGCGAAGCUGCUCACAAAGGCUCACCCUUUGACCCCUCUCUUCAAAGGAAGUUUACUUUAUGAAGUAAGGAUACAAAAACCCGAGAUCAAGCCAUCUACCAGACUGUCGGGAAUGAAUGGAGACUCUCAGACCAUCACUGGGUGGAGCAAAUUGACUUUCUCCUUUCCCCCAAAUGAGUAUGAAAAAUAAAUGUUUAUUAUCAUCAUCA